AAAAAUUCUAUAAAUUAUAUAUCGUUAUAAAUCGAUCCCUUAUUCUUCCAUAUCAAUUGUAAAGAUAAAAUAUACCCUUGUAUCGUCGAGCUUAUGAGAAAAUAAUCCAUCUCUCGACCGAUCAUAUUAAUUAUUAUUGCAUAAAGAAAUGGCAUAGCAAUAUCGUAUACGUAUGAAAUAUGCAAAAUUGAUCGGUCUUGUAUCAAUUGAAUUAGGGCAAAAAGCGUUUAUGGAGAGAAAGUAUAAAUGACAUCGGGCACGGUGUAUGCCUGUUAGUCGUCACGAGCUGCACGCACGAUGCAUUACCCUCUACACAUUGUCGUGGUGUUGACGAGCCCAUGGAUCCUUCAGGACGACGUGCACGCAGCGAAAAAUGGUGCCGAAGUGCUGACGUCUUUCGCCAGAAACAUCGCCUCGGUCCUAUCAACGACCUUGCUCAGCGAUUACCAAGACUCACCUGUGAACCACUCAUCGACCAGUAACCUUCUGAAAAGAAUUCAGGAUGCGCAGCCACCGUUGGAGAUCGCCACCAAUCGUUCAGAAGGAUCGGAGAAUGCCUCUUUCGCUCGCUACCCUCGAUCCACUCGCGAAUCUUCUUCAAACGAGGGAGAAACAGCAUUCCACAAUCCUUUCAUCCUAACAAAUCCUCCGCGCUAUUCAAAAUAUUACGAACCAGCGUCCUAUAAACCGUAUCAAUUCACCGUGAAUGCAAGAAUUCCCUAUAACGAGGUGAACACGCCUGAAAAUCUUAAUAUCAACACCAAAGACAAUUCCGUCAACGAGGAUGUUAAUGCAACACCUCUCCAUUACCCUUCUCCUGGAUUCGGAUACAAACCCGUCAAUCCGUUACCUAAUCAUUAUGUCCAAUUAGGUGUUCGCCAUCAUCGUCUCCCGACUCAGAGACCCGUCGAUCCUCGGCAACAUUCAACACCCGAACGAGAGAUUGACACAGAAGAUGAAAACGGGAAUAAUAACCAGGUUGCCAGGAUAACUCGAAGACCGUAUAAUCUCAAUUAUCGUGGCUCCUUUCAUAAUUCUUAUUACGCAUUACCGUUUCAAGGACAGUUCUAUCCCAGCGAGAGACCCGUGGUGGAAGGUGAGGAUCGAUACGUGACUAAUGGACGAGAUGAAAGCGAUCGAUUGGAAGAUCAGAAUCAAGGUCAAACUGCAUUAGGGGGCUACGAUUACGGACCUCGUUUCCAUUAUGGAUUACCUCCUUAUCACGCUUUCCAUCAUGGCUUUCCCGGAUUCUAUCCCCGCCCCUACAACGACACUUUUCAUCCAGGAUACAACCAGGAGCAGGGCGAUGGGAAUGGAACUGGUCCACAACCGUACGGUCCGCCAUUUUAUCACGAUCCCAAGUUCGCUCCUCACCAUCAACCAUUUCACCCAAAUUUCUAUGGAAGACCCGUUCAGAAUCCAGGCGAAAAUCAAGGAAAUCCCGAGCAAAUCGUUGCACCAGAAAAUGGACAGGGUAAUAACGCCACGUAUCAUGGCCCGCCAUUUGGAUAUCCACCACCUUACGGACCUUUUAAUUUGCACGCUUACCCUUUGGUGCCAUUCGGUGGAUAUCGUUUCGGAUUCCACGAUCAUCACCUGUUCCCAGGGAUCAAAUCCGUUCCUUAUUUUUACCAUCACUUUCCACUUUCGUUUCAUUGGAAUCCGUACGGUGACCAUUAUUACAACUAUCGACCCGUGACGACGACCGAGAAGCCCGCGGAAAAGACUGUCAACUCUGAGAACUCUGAGGCAUCAGCUUCUAACAGCGAGGCUGAAACGUUGUCCGAGAUCAAGUCUUCGGAGAGGACUCGAUCUUCCGCUUCGAGAGGAUAUAAAAAACGCUUCUCCUCUGGAUUCGUUGUUAAAGAGGGUAGCAAAGUAGCCGGGGAUCGAACGUUGAAUCAAUUAUCUUGACCCAGUGGACUGUAAUUAAUUUAAGUAUUUAAUAUAAGGAAAAAAAAAUAUAUAUAUAUUAUUUGUGUUACCAUUUAUACGUGUAUUAUAUCUUCUUUCUUUCCUGAUAAUUUCCUUUAAAAAAAGAAGAAGAAAGAAUCUACGUCUAAAUAAUCAUAGAAAUAAAUCAUCUAUUCAAAAGGAGAGAUUAUUAUUCAUUUUUUAAAUUACCAUACUCAAGAAUAAUCAAAGUUAUUUUUCUUAAAGCAAUGCAUUCUAAUGCAUUUUUC